UCGAAUGUAUCUUUUAGUCGGAAAAAGGAAUACAUGAAUGUCGGAGCGAAUGAAUGUGCACGGGCAAGCGAAUUACGCAUAAGAUCUCUGGGUGACUCGGUCGAAAAACGACAGAAUCUCGCAUAACACAAAAUCGCAAAGAAUACCACUGAAAAAUCGCGAAUAAGAAUCAAUAUUCUUUCCCGAAUCGAAUCAAAACUAAUUGACAAACAAUCUGGGAAUCAGCGACGAGUCAAAUUCGGUUUUGUCGUGUCGGUUGUGUCGGGCCGGAGACGGAGACCCAUUGAAGGUGUGCAGUUCCGUUCCACAGCGGCUUGCAUGAGGCUGCUGAAAAAGCGUAAAAGUGUCACAAAUCGACAGCAAAGGGCCACGCCUGCAACUGCACCUACAACUACGCUAGUGCUAGAAAAGUGAUCUCAAACAAUCUUAUGAUGGAACUCUUGUCAAACAAUUCGGUUCCGCAACAAAUGGCUAGCAGCAAUACGGCCAGCGCCAACGGAGUUGCCUCCUCGACUGUCAAUGGCAGCGGCAGUGUAAGCAGCAACGCCAGCAACUCCUCCGAGCGCCUCCUGGCAGGCAUACUGGAGUCCUUCCCCGCCUGGGACCUCAAUGUCGGACUGCUGCCCAAUGUGGGACAGAGCUCCCCACCACGCACGGACUUCUUUAUCAAUAACUUUCUUGGCGGACUGGACACACAUGGCGACUUCAGCAUCGGACCCAUUGGAAGCGGGCCGCGCAGCAACCCAAAGAUGUCUCCAGAGUCUUCCAACAACUCGAGCAUCAGCUGCGGCUGGUGCGAGGUGAGCGCCUCCAUACGCUGCCUCGAGUGCAACGAGUUCAUGUGCAACGACUGCCUGAGGGAGCACCGCAACAGUCCGCUCUCCUCGAACCACUCGAUCGUGUCGCUGCCGACGCCCAUCGGGGCCUCGCCCACAGGCGGCAGCUCGACCCACGCCCACACGCCGCCCAGCUCCAACUUCAUCUGCGACAUUCACAACGAGAUGCUGCGCUACGUGUGCGACUACUGCCGCAAGCUGGUGUGCCAGUGCUGCACUCUGCACGAGCACAAGGAGCACAGCUACGCAUCCAUUCAGAGUUUUAUGGUCGGCUCCAAGGAGAAGCUGGAGGGCGCCAUCGAAAGCAGCCAAGUGGGGACGCGCUGCAUCAAGAGCAGCAUUGACAAGGCCCUGGCAUUCAUCCGUCUCAUCGAACGCAACUGCAGCGAACUGAGCGACAACAUACGGAAGGCCUUCCGUCAGUUCAUCAUUGCCAUCGAGGACCGCGAGCGCUUUCUGCUCGACUUUGUGGAGAAGCUGCGAUUGCGCCGCCUGGCCAUUCUCCACGACCAGAUGGCGGGACUUAAGUCCGCUCUGGCCGGCCUUUCCGAGACCUCCGAUAUGCUCAGUAAAGUGGCGGACAACGCAUUGAGCAUGGACCAGAUAGAGAUCGCGAUGAAGCUCACCAACGGACAGCGCCAGAUGGAGCAGUUCGCCGGCAUCUACAAGGACCUGCAGCCCAAGCAGGAGGUCUUUGCCUUUGCGCCACCCGACUACAGUCUUCUGCAGGAUAUCCGAAACCAGGGAGGCGUCAUACUUGUCGACGAUAAGAACCUGCCCAUCGUCACAAGCACCAGCGGCAUCGUACCCAGCGUCUCCAAUGUGAAUGCCGUCACUGCCGCCUCCGUGGGAAUCGGAGGAGUCGGAGCUGGUGUUAGUGUAGGUGUCAAUCCAAUCGGUGUCGGUGGUGGUGUCGGUCCUGGCAAUGGAAUGGACUUGGCCUUUGGCAUCGGCAGCAUUGCCAACAAUCCCCUGAGCGUAGCAUCCUCGAACGUGCGUCGGCCAUUGCUGCGGGACAAUAGCUUCCGCAUACCGUCGCCCAUAAUGCAGCCCCGUGGCGGCAGCGCCUGCGGCAUGUCGAGCGCAGCCCUGGACUGGGAAUUGAACGGACUGCGAAGCUCCCCAGGCCUUCACUUCAGCGCCCCUCGGACGACGCAGGCGAUUCCUGGCUGUAUGGAUCUGGUGAAGGUGCGCAACUCCAAUUCGCUGUCGCUGUCGUUUGCCACCGAAGGCCACGAGGAUGGGCAGGUGAGCCGACCGUGGGGCCUGUGCGUAGACAAGAUGGGCCAUGUUCUGGUCUCGGAUCGGCGCAACAACCGUGUGCAGGUCUUCAAUCCAGACGGCUCGCUCAAGUUUAAGUUCGGUCGCAAGGGCGUGGGCAACGGGGAGUUCGAUCUGCCAGCCGGCAUCUGUGUGGACGUGGACAAUCGCAUCAUUGUGGUGGACAAAGACAACCAUCGCGUGCAGAUCUUCACGGCCAGCGGCGUCUUCCUGCUCAAGUUCGGCAGCUAUGGCAAGGAGUACGGCCAGUUCCAGUAUCCGUGGGAUGUGGCAGUAAACUCGCGUCGCCAGAUUGUGGUCACCGAUUCGCGCAACCAUCGCAUCCAGCAGUUCGAUUCCGAGGGACGUUUCAUACGCCAGAUUGUGUUCGACAACCAUGGCCAGACGAAGGGCAUCGCCUCGCCCCGCGGUGUCUGCUAUACGCCCACGGGCAACAUCAUUGUCUCCGACUUUGACAACCAUUGCCUCUAUCUAAUCGAUCCUGACAUUAACGACAUUCUGUCCGUGAAGGGACAUGAGGGCUCGGGCUUCCAUGAGUUCAAUAGGCCCUCGGGCCUGUGCUGUGACGACGAGGGCCGCAUUAUAGUGGCCGAUUCCAAGAAUCAACGCAUCCUGGUCUUCAAUCAAAAUCUUGACUUUAUGUGGGAUAUCGAAGUGCGACCCUCCAUCAAUCCGCUAAUGCCACCGACGCUGGACGAGAAGGAUCGAACCUGCGAUGUGGCCAUGAUGCCAGACGGUCGCAUCGUAUUCCUUAUAGAACUGUCGCCAGACUCCAAAGAAGGGUCUAACCCUUACAAGCGGUUUGUGCACGUAUUCUAAAUAAGCUUAUAGCCGUCAACUGGAAUGGGAGGGGAAUACGAAUACCAAUCUUUUUUUUAGACCAUUUACAAGAGCUAAACGUUAGCGUAAUAGACAUCCAAUCCAAAAAGAAAAAAACAAAAACAAAACAAAGAACGAAACACUAAAAAACAAAAAGAGAAAAUCUGAAUUGAGAGCAUGGAAAAUUAGAAAAAAUUUUUAGCAUAAGUGCUACAACGAUUACCUCGAUAAUGCUUAAGAGUUAUGGUUACGAUUUGGUAAUUUACAA